AUUCAAUAAAUAAGUUGAUAGACAGUGUCUGUUGCUUACUAACCAUCACAUAAAUAAAAAAUGUCUCUAUUCCAUUGUCUCAUAUUCUAAAGAAAUGGCAGCGAAAAUCGGGUCGUUUCGGCACAGUUUCGCCGAGAGGAGCAAGGAGAGACUGCUCUUUCGGAAGGGCUACUCCGAGUUGGGCCUGAACAGCUCGGACAGCGGAGACGAUGGAGUCAAAUGCCGGUGCUUCCGUAUACUCUCCGACGGAAUCGCCAACUUCUUGUUCGGCCUGCGAGAUACUUCGGCCAAGCUGUACGAGAUGGGCCGGUCCGAUCCUCGCAAGGUCUUUUUCGCCGCGAAGAUGGGGCUCGCCUUGGCCCUCGUGUCCCUCGUCAUCUUCUUUAAAGAGUCGCUCCAGGAGGUCAGCCAGUACUCCAUCUGGGCAAUUCUCACCGUCAUCGUGGUCUUCGAGUUCAGCGUAGGUGCAACACUUAACAAAGGGUUCAACCGUGCUUUGGGGACAUUUUCCGCCGGAGGGCUAGCUCUGGGCAUUUCAGAACUUUCUGCGAGGGCUGGGGAUUUCGAGGAAGUCAUUCUAGUAAUUAGUGUUUUCAUUGCAGGAUUUUCUGCAAGUUUUGCCAAACUGUAUCCAACAAUGAAGUCCUAUGAAUAUGGGUUCCGGGUCUUCUUGCUGACAUACUGUAUUGUAAUAGUCUCUGGGGAGGGUUCGUUUUUCGAAACAGCUUUAUAUCGGUUGAUACUUAUUGGGAUCGGUGCCGGUAUAGGCUUGGUUAUAAACAUAUGUCUAUACCCCAUUUGGUCAGGGGAGGAUCUGCACAAAUUGGUGGUGAAAAAUUUCAAGAGUGUUGCUUCUUCUUUGGAAGGCUGUGUUAGUGGAUACUUGCACUGCAUUGAAUAUGAGAGGAUCCCCUCUAAAAUUCUUACAUACGAAGCUUAUGAUGACCCAAUGUAUAGUGGUUAUAGAUCGGCUGUACAAUCUUCAAGCCAAGAGGAAUCUCUGUUAGACUUUGCAAUAUGGGAACCGCCUCAUGGCCCUUAUAGAACUUUUAAUUAUCCUUGGAGAAGCUACGUCAAAGUAAGUGGUGCACUGAGGCAUUGUGCUUUCAUGGUAAUGGCAAUGCAUGGAUGCAUACUUUCAGAAAUACAGGCACCGCCAGAAAAGAGACUCGUUUUCAGUAGUGAGCUUCAGAGGGUUGGUACUGAAGGAGCGAAAGUGUUACGUGAGCUUGGAAGCAAAGUAGAAAAGAUGGAGAAACUAAGCCUCAAAGACAUACUGUUUGAAGUGCAUGAAGCAGCAGAAGAGUUGCAAUCUAAGAUUGACCAAAAAUCAUACCUUCUGGUCAAUUCAGAGAGCUGGGAAGGGGUAAGGCAGGCUAAGGAAUUUGACGAUCCUGUGAACUUCAUCGAUGUCAAAGACAAUGAAAAUAAAGGAUUGGUGAUCAAUUCCCUCAGUGAAACGUUGGAUGUUCAGAAUCCAAACAUGAGUGUAGAACCCUCCAUUCCGCAUUGGGUAUCCUCAGAAAGUGUGCUUAAGAAACCAAUGUCAUGGCCACGUCUUCAAUCAUUUGCUGGGGAUGCCAUCCUUGCCGAAGAAUCAAAAGUAUAUGAAAGUGCCAGUUCCUUGUCCUUAGCAACUUUUUCAUCACUUCUGAUUGAGUUUGUUGCCAGGCUUCACAAUCUUGUUGAUGAGUUUCAAGAGCUAAGUGAGAAAGCAAAUUUUAAGGAACCCAUGGAUCUGCCAGAGGCCGAAGAGAAGAUUGGGUUUUGGACCAGACUGUUUUGGUGCUUCCAUUGACUUCCUUGUUCAGUUACUUCAUCUUCAUACUUUUUAUGCAAUUUUUGGGAAUUCAUCAUU